UUCGCUGCUGAAGUUUGUCCCUCCGCGGAUUCCGUUCCCGCUGACAGCAGCAGUAAAGAUGGAGAGAGACACGACAGUCCGCAGGAUCAGAACCCAACAGAACCACAACAACCAGAACCAAAACAACCAGGAGAACCAGCAGAGCCAGCGACCGGACUCUCUGAAUGGCCUCCGCAGGCUGAAGCUCCGGGCUCCGGAAAGCGGACCGCUGCUGACGGAAGCCCGGGCGGUGCUGCUGCUGCUCGGCUUCGUGUGUUUGCUGUGGACGCUGGUUCAUCUGUCGGUGCAGCAGCUUAUUAUCCGCAGCCCGGGCACUUUUAACGCCCUCAGAGCCAGGAAGCAUCUGGAUCAGAUCACCAGUGUGGGUCCUCGUACUGUGGGCAGUCCAGAGAACGAGAUUCUGACAGUCAAUUAUUUGCUAGAUCAGAUUGAGCAGAUCCGCUCUGAGAGCCGCUCGGGCCCUCACUCUAUCACAGUGGACGUCCAGAAGCCCACCGGCUCCUUCAGCAUCGACUUUCUGGGCGGAUUCACCAGUUAUUAUGACCGCGUCACCAACAUCGCUGUCAAGCUGGAGCCCAAGAGCUCCGCACAGCACUUCAUGCUCGCUAACUGCCACUUCGACUCGGUGGCCAACAGUCCAGGGGCCAGUGAUGACGCUGUGAGCUGCUCAGUGAUGUUGGAGGUUUUACACUCUCUGGCGAAUCUCUCAACUCCAAUCAAACACGGCGUCAUCUUCCUGUUCAACGGCGCAGAGGAGAACAUCCUGCAGGCCAGUCAUGGCUUUAUCACGCAGCACCCCUGGGCUCAGCAGGUCCGAGCAUUUGUGAACCUGGAGGCGGCAGGAGUCGGAGGGAAGGAGGUGGUGUUUCAGACAGGUCCAGAGAACCCGUGGCUAGUCCAGGCGUACGUCCGCGCCGCUAUCCAUCCUUUCGCUUCAGUGGUCGGGCAGGAGGUUUUCCAGAGCGGCAUCAUUCCCUCCGACACAGACUUCCGCAUCUACAGAGACUUCGGCAACAUUCCUGGGAUUGAUCUGGCGUUUAUAGAGAACGGCUUCAUCUACCACACCAAAUACGACACUCCAGAGAGAAUACACACCGACUCCAUCCAGAGAGCAGGUGAUAAUAUCCUGUCAGUGCUCCAUCAUCUGGUGAUGUCUGAUGAGCUGGCGGACUCCUCUGUGUAUCGGCACGGGAAUAUGGUGUUUUUCGAUGUUCUGGGCCUGAUGGUGGUGGCGUAUCCGGCCCGCGUUGCCGCUAUCAUCAACUACCUGACGGCUGCGGCAGCACUCGUCUACCUGAGCCGCAAGUGCAGUGGCGGUGCGGGUGUGCGUUACCUGCGUGAUGUGGCGUGUGCGGUAUGUGUGUGCGUCCUCAGCUGGUUCGUCACUCUGCUAACUCUACUGAUUGUGGCUCUUCUCCUGACGCUGCUCGGUCGCUCCAUGUUCUGGUACACACACUUCUACGCCGCUGUCUGUCUGUACGGAUCCGCCGCCGCCGCCAAGAUCAUCCUCAUACACACACUGGCCAAGAACCUCUACUACACCGGUGUGAGCGCUGUGGAUCUGGCCGAGCUCUUCUUUGAUGUGGGUCUGCUGUUGUGGUGUAGUGCGCUGGUUUUCCUCACUCUACACGGCUUGUGUUCUGCAUAUGUGCCCAUGAUGAUGGUGGUCUUCCCUCUGCUCUCCAAACUGCUGCUCAGGACACACUUCAGGGCCAAAGGAGCGUCUCUGCAGUACUCUGUGUUUUAUCUGAUGGGUCUCUCCGUGCCGUACGUCCACAUCAUGUUCCUCAUCUGGGUGGUCUUCGAGAUCUUCACACCUAUUCUAGGACGCAGCGGAACUGAAAUCCCACCUGAUGUGGUUCUGGCGUCCCUCAUUACACUGGCGGCUGUCAUCCUGUCCUCAUAUCUCAUACACGUGCUCUAUCUGUCCUCUAGUACUAAGCGGAUGUUGGCUGCUCUGGGAUCAGUGUUUGCUGUGAUGUUUGUUCUGGUCGGCUGUGGUCUGUUCUUCCCAUAUUCAGCAGAUCCGUCCAGCCCGCGGCCCAAACGAGUCUUCGUCCAGCACACCACUCGUGUGUUUCACGCUCUGGAUGGUUCAGUGGAGCGCUCAGACUCUGGUCUGUGGAUCAACAGUCUGGAUUAUACAGGAAUGCAGCACAUCAGCGCACACGUGCCGCAGCUCAACGACAGCAUCCGCACGCGCUGCCAACACACACUGCCGUACUGCGGCUUCCCCUGGUUCCUGCCCGUCAAGUUCCUCGUCAAGAAGAGCUGGUAUCUCCUGGCUCCAGCUGUAUCUCCUGAAGCACCACUAGAGUUCAGGCUUCUGUCCCGUCAGCAGAGUGAAUGGGGGACGCUCAGACUCAGCUUUGAGGCUAAAGGGCCGACUCACAUGUCUCUGUAUCUGCUGCCGGUGUCUGGAGCGUCUCUGAUUGGCUGGUCGUUUGGUGACGGGACGCCGCGCUUCGACCUCAGCGGAGAAUAUUUCAUCUUCUACUCA